AUGGAGAAAAUUAAAGGAGGACACGUAGUUGAAAUGCAAGGCGAUGAAAUGACCAGGAUCAUCUGGGAUUUAAUCAAGGAAAAGCUUAUCAAACCAUUUGUUGACCUUGAAUAUCAUUUUUAUGAUCUUUCAAUUCAAAACCGAGACCAAACUGAUGAUCAAGUCACCAUAGAUGCUGCAAAUGCCAUAAAAAUAUACAAUGUUGGCAUCAAGUGUGCUACCAUUACUCCUGAUGAAAAGAGAGUUGAAGAAUUUGGUCUGAAGAAAAUGUGGAAAUCUCCAAAUGGAACUAUCCGGAACAUUUUAGGAGGGACAGUAUUUCGGGAAGCCAUUAUUUGUAAGAAUAUACCUCGCUUGGUUCCAGGCUGGAAAAAAAGUAUUGUAAUUGGUCGUCAUGCAUAUGGAGAUCAAUACAAAGCUACUGACUUUGUUGUUCCUGGUCCUGGAAAAGUUGAAAUUAAAUUCACAGCAACAAAUGGUGAAUCAAUGCAAUAUACAGUAUUUGAUUUUAAAGAUGGUGGAGGUGUUGCUAUGGGAAUGUAUAAUACUGACCAGAGUAUAAAGGAUUUUGGACACAGCUCAUUUCAGUUUGCCCUCAAUAAAGGUUGGCCAUUAUAUCUAAGUACCAAAAACACAAUUCUUAAGAAAUAUGAUGGCCGAUUUAAAGACAUCUUUCAAGAGUUAUAUAACAAUGAAUAUAAAAAGAAGUUUGAAGAAAAGAAUAUCUGGUAUGAACAUCGGUUGAUUGAUGAUAUGGUUGCAUUUGUAUUAAAAUCUGAAGGAGGAUUUGUAUGGGCUUGUAAGAAUUAUGAUGGAGAUGUUCAGUCUGAUACUGUAGCUCAAGGUUUUGGAUCCCUUGGUUUGAUGACAAGUGUUUUAUAUUGUCCUGACAACAAAACUAUUGAAGCAGAGGCUGCUCAUGGCACAGUCACCAGACAUUACCGUUUCCAUCAACAAGGAAAAGAAACAUCUACAAAUUCUAUUGCUUCUAUAUUUGCUUGGACUCGUGGCCUUGCUCAUAGAGCUAAACUUGACAGCAACCAACAACUUGAUAGAUUUGCAAAAGCCAUUGAAGAAGUCUGCAUAGAAACUGUGGAAGCUGGACAUAUGACAAAAGAUCUUGCUCUCUGCAUCAAAGGUUUGGAUAGAAUAAAAAGGGAUGAUUAUUUGAAUACAUUUGAAUUCAUUGACAAGAUUGCAGAAAACCUGAAGGAGAAGUUGGAUUGCCAGUGA